GCCAACAAUAAAAACCUACUGAUUUCUGAUUGUAUUUCUUCUUUCACUUUUUUGGACUUCUGCAUUUUCUAGGAGACUGUUUCUAACUUUGGUUUUAGGAACACUACAAUAGUGAGUCAGUAUAGGUAAGUGGUUCAUGCUAAAGAUCUAGAGCCAAAUCGACCUGGCUAACGGACAAGUUGUUUAACCUUUUUGAGACUGUUUUGUAAAACACUUAUUUUUUUUCCUUCAUUUUUAAAAAUCCAGAUCCUGCACAAUCUUUUAUUUAUAAAAUUUGGGUACCUAAUAGAGUUUUUGUGAAGGUUAAAUGAGAUAAUAUAAAUAAGAUACCUUAGCACCAUUCCUGCAGUAAAGUCUUCACCUAGUGGUAAAUCUUAUAUUUGUAGGGAAGUGUUUGUAGUAUAUUGGCAAGAACAUGGGCAAUUGGUAUUAGAAAGACUUAAGGUCACUCAAAAAACAAAAAAGAAAGACUUACAGUCAAGUUCUGGCUGUACCACUGAACAGCUAAGUGACCUUAGGCAUGUUGCUUAACUUUACUGAGCCUCUUAAAAAAAGUCUACAAAGAAGGGGCCGGGUACGGUGGCUCACGUCUGUAAUCCCAGCACUUUGGGAGGCCGAGGUGAUUCGCCCACCUCAGCCUCCCAAAGUGCUGGGAUUACAGGCAUGAGCCAACAUGCCCAGCCUACGCUUUCAAAUAUAUGGAUCCUUAAAACAGUUCUGUGAGGUCAAAGGGCUAGGUUUUAUCCCUGUUUUGCAGAUUAGGAAAUGAGGUCCAGGGCAGUGACUUUUUUUUUCCAUGAGCAUUUAAUUUUUCUUUUUACAGAACCAGUACUAAAACACAGGUCUUCUGACUUUUGAGCUUUUUGCUCUACAACUUUUCAUUAUAAAUAAAUGUUUGGAUUAAUGGAUUGAUGUCAAAAAUAGGUUCCUUUUAGUGUUUGACUCCACUCCACUUUGACUCCACUCAAAGGAUUCUUUUUUAAAAAUUUCUUUCUAAAAAAGCAUAACUCAGAUUCUUAAUACAGAUUGUUCCAAAGCACAUUAGGAUGGUGGAGUUAUUCUUAUCAACUUCAGUCUGAAUUACUUUUAAAUUUGUCCCCAAAAGUGGUUUUGACAUUAUGAGUUUUACUCUGAUCUUUGUUCUUGUGUCUCCUGAAGUUCCAUGUAACAGAUACUCUAACCCAAGAAGUGAUAGCCAUUUAGAUUUUCUUUUGCAUACAAUUCUCAUUCCCAAAGAUGUCUCCCUUUGGUUGCCCAAAAAGCUUUCUGAGGUAUAGUUACUUUUAGAAGAGAAAAAAUACCAUAAUUCAAUUCAUUUGUGCUCUUGAGAUUGUGUAUGUGUGGUAGGUGUUUUUGUUGUAUUAUUACAGGUUGAUGAAAAGCCCAGAACCUUGAUGACAGAUUGUCUGGUUAUAAAGCAUUUUUUACGUAAAAUCAUCAUGGUGCACCCUAAGGUCAGAUUUAAUUUCAGUGUAAAAGUAAAUGGAAUCUUCUCCACAGAGAUCUUUGGGGUAGAGAAUGAACCCACUUUGAACCUUGGGAAUGGAAUUGCUCUUGUGGUCGACUCUCAGCAUUAUGUGAGUAGACCAAAUUUUGGUACAAUUGAAUCACACUGCAGCAGAAUUCACCCUGUGCUAGGACAUCCAGUAAUACUUUUCAUCCCUGAAGACGUGGCUGGCAUGGACUUGUUGGGAGAACUGAUACUGACUCCAGCAGCUGCACUGUGCCCCAGCCCAAAGGUUUCUUCCAACCAGCUUAACAGGAUUUCUUCAGUUUCCAUAUUUCUAUAUGGACCUUUGGGUCUGCCUCUGAUAUUGUCAACUUGGGAGCAGCCAGUGACUACUUUCUUCAAAGAUACCUCUUCUUUAAUUGAUUGGAAAAAAUACCAUUUGUGUAUAGUACCCAAUUUGGAUCUCAAAUUGGAUAGAGAUUUGGUACUUCCAGAUGUGAGUUAUCGGGCGGAAUCCAGUGAGGGGGAUCAGUCUCAGAAUAUGGACCCUCAAGGACAAACUCUGCUGCUUUUUCUCUUUGUGGAUUUCCACAGUGCAUUUCCAGUCCAGCAAAUGGAAAUCUGGGGAGUCUAUACUUUGCUCACAACUCAUCUCAAUGCCAUCCUUGUGGAGAGCCACAGUGUAGUGCAAGGUUCCAUCCAAUUCACCGUGGACCAGGUCUUGGAGCAACAUCACCAGGCUGCCAAGGCUCAGCAGAAACUACAGGCCUCACUCUCAGUGGCUGUGAACUCCAUCAUGAGUAUUCUGACUGGAAGCACUAGGAGCAGCUUCCGAAAGAUGUGUCUCCAGACCCUUCAAGCAGCUGACACACAAGAGUUUGAAACCAAACUGCACAAAGUAUUUCGUGAGAUCACUCAGCACCAAUUUCUUCACCACUGCUCAUGUGAGGUGAAGCAGCUAACCCUAGAGAAAAAGGACUCAGCCCAGGGCACUGAGGAUGUACCUGAUAACAGCAGCCGGGAGCUCCUAGCAGGUACCAACGGGCAAGCAGAAAACAAGAGGCUCAAGAGGGGCAGCCUCCGCAUGGAGGAGAUGCGAGCUCUGCACUCCGCCAGGGCCCCGAGCCCGUCAGAGGCCGCCCCGCACCGCCCGGAGGCCACCGCGGCCCCCCUCACUCCUAGCGGAAGGGCGGCCCUCAAGGCUCACGGCAGAGCCCUGGCGCCGGGCAGGGUGAGCCUUGGGAGCCGCCUGGAGGUAACUGAGCGAGCGGUGCGCAGGGAAGGGUGCGGCGGGAGGUGCAGACCACGGGCCGCUGCCGAGGGGUCCUCACCCCGGGCCCCGUUGUUCCCGCAGGACGUGCUGUGGCUGCAGGAGGUCUCCAACCUGUCGGAGUGGCUGAGUCCCAGCCCUGGGCCCUGAGCCGGGUCCCUUUCCUUAAGUGCCCACCGAUCCGGAGGCUGCGGGCAACCGCUGUCCCGUGGUUUAAUAAAGCUGCUCCGCGCUCACGGA